AUGACGAAUGAAACUGUUUCAGUACGCCAACAUGAACGAAAAAUAAAUUCCUUGAAUUCUGUAGGUGACUCGGAUGAUCUUGCAAUAUUUUCAUCAACAACAAGAAACGAUGAUCAAAAUUUUCCUAUAAUUGAAAUAUGGAAAGAAGAAAAAAAUGCUGAACGAGAACGUGUAUUGCCUGAAAAUUUUGAAACUAAGUGGAAUAAUGCCGAUUAUAAACAUGAAAUCGAGAUUUACCACGCUCAAAAAGGCUUCUCAAUUCUAGAGGUCGUUCGUGGUUUAGAUAGAUGUCGCUUAAUCAGCCAACAUAGAGAACCAGACCUUUUCCCAAGACUAUCAACUGAAUCAUUACUUCAAAUUGGCUAUAAAUGUGGAAAUAACAAAAGUGAACUAUAUUCUCAACUUUAUGAAUUGGCAAUUGAAAGAAAUAAGAGAAUCCGAAUUUGUUUAAAUAAUUCAAUUAAUAAGAAGUUGGCAUGUAAUAUCAGUGAAAGGUCGAGAAUAGGGCGAGUGGAGAGUGGUGUAAAUUAUCGUGUUGAAAGACGAUGUCAAGAAACUGCUCAUGAUUCUGCGAUGGAACGGAAAAUUCUUAGACUCACAUUAAGUUUGACUGCAAGCAACCAUCAGUGUUUGAUGCGAAUAAUGGAUGAUAAUGGUAGAAAUCAUUAA